AUGAGGAGCAGCCUGACACUGGUGGGGACCCUCUGGGCCUUCCUGUCUCUUGUUACUGCUGUGGCCAGUUCUACCAGUUACUUCCUGCCUUACUGGCUCUUUGGAUCCCAGCUGGGGAAACCAGUGUCAUUCAGCACAUUCCGGAGGUGCAACUACCCUGUGCGGGGAGAGGGGCACAGUCUGAUCAUGGUGGAAGAGUGCGGGCGCUAUGCCAGCUUCAGUGCCAUUCCAAGCCUGGCCUGGCAGAUGUGCACGGUGGUGACAGGUGCCGGCUGUGCUCUGCUGCUCCUCGUGGCACUAGCUGCUGUCCUGGGCUGCUGCAUGGAGGAACUCAUCUCCAGAAUGACGGGACGUUGCAUGGGAGCAGCACAGUUCGUGGGAGGGCUGCUGAUAAGCUCCGGCUGUGCAUUAUACCCCUUAGGAUGGAAUAGCCCGGAGAUAAUGCAAACAUGUGGGAAUGUCUCCAAUCAAUUUCGGUUAGGUACCUGUCGGCUUGGCUGGGCCUAUUACUGUGCUGGAGGUGGAGCAGCUGCAGCCAUGUUGAUCUGCACCUGGCUCUCUUGCUUUGCUGGAAGAAACCCCAAGCCUGUCAUGUUGGCAGAGAGCAUCAUGAGGAACACCAAUUCUUACUCCAUGGAACUUGACCACUGCCUCAAACCUUGA